AUGGCGACGCUAACGUGGUGGUGUGUGGCUGCUGCAAGUUUCCUCAGUGUGGUGAAAUGUGCGCCGCAGGUGGGUGGCCUCGAGCAUACCCACCGUGAAGCUGCCACAUCGAGGGACAUCUCCGAGGAGGACGCAAUGUUGACGUCCGAGCAGCAGCGACCUGUUGAGGAGAGGAAGGCCAUAGCUGGUACAAGACACCACUGGCCACCUGGCCCUGAUGGCUGGCCACUCGUCCCUUACAUCUUUGUCAAUAUAAGUUUGUCCAGGAGGAAGUUAAUCAGUGAAGGUCUAAACCACUGGAUGAAACACACCUGCAUUAAGUUUAAGGAGACGACCAAUACUUCCGGUCCACACCUGAGGUUCAUAGAUGGACCUAAGUGUUGGUCCCACGUCGGCCUAGUCUCGCGCACCGGCCAGGAUAUCUCUCUAGGAUCUUGCUGCCAGGAACUUGGCACCGUCAUACAGCAGGUCGGUCACGCCCUCGGCUUGAACCAUGAACACUCCCGACCAGACCGAGACGAUCACAUCCACGUUAACACUGAGAACAUCAUCCCCGAUAAACUAGGACGAUUUAAGAAGUUGACUGAGAAAGUGAUCAACACCUACGGCGUCCCUUACGACUUCACCUCCAUCAUGCACUACGCCUCUAGGGCAUUUUCACGCAAAGGGAGACUGACCAUUGCCACCAAAAAUCUUCUUUACCAAGGACUGCUAGGUCAGCGAGACGGUCUGUCGCAUCGUGAUAAGUUGUUGGUCAACCGCAUGUAUAACUGUACUGGCAAGUGGUUGAAGAACUAUGGGCUGUGCAUAGACCCCUGUGAGAACGAAGGUUACACCGGUGCCAACAGUACCUGUAUCUGUCGUCACGGUACUUCUGGUGAACACUGUGAACUUGUCACCGGCGGCUACUACGGCUUCAUCAACACAACCAAUUAUAGAGGCUUCAUCAGCGUAAACACACCAAGAGGCUUCAUCAACAAAGACUCAUUAACAGGCUCCAAGAGCGCUGUGAGUCAUGAGGAGUCGGGCGGGCUCCGUGCAAUACACAAGUGA